UCGCUCUCUGUCGCGCGCGCGCACUACGUCCCUAAGGCAUGCGCGAGGCGGUGGCUAAGCACCGCCAUUUUGGCCGGUGGCCGUAGGAACACGCCGUGUGGGUGAGAAGUGAAAGGAAGAACUGAUUUGGCCUCUGAGCUCCCCUCCGCGAGGGGAUCGUUUUCUCCAGAAGAGCUGGAUAUUCUUUCUUAGAAUUAUGGCGGAUAAAUUAACAAGAAUUGCUAUCGUCAACCAUGACAAAUGUAAACCUAAGAAAUGUCGGCAGGAGUGCAAAAAGAGUUGCCCUGUGGUUCGAAUGGGAAAAUUAUGCAUAGAGGUUACACCCCAGAGCAAAAUAGCAUGGAUUUCUGAAACCCUUUGUAUUGGUUGUGGUAUUUGUAUUAAGAAAUGCCCCUUUGGCGCCUUAUCAAUUGUCAAUUUACCAAGCAACUUGGAAAAAGAAACAACACAUCGAUAUUGUGCCAAUGCCUUCAAACUUCACAGGUUGCCUAUUCCUCGUCCAGGUGAAGUUUUGGGAUUAGUUGGAACUAAUGGAAUUGGAAAGUCAACUGCUUUAAAAAUUUUAGCAGGAAAGCAAAAGCCAAAUCUUGGAAAGUAUGACGAUCCACCUGAUUGGCAAGAAAUUUUGACUUACUUCCGUGGAUCCGAAUUGCAAAAUUACUUUACCAAGAUUCUAGAAGAUGACUUAAAAGCCAUUAUCAAACCUCAGUAUGUAGACCAGAUUCCCAAGGCUGCAAAGGGGACAGUGGGGUCUAUUUUGGACCGAAAGGAUGAAACAAAGACACAAGCAAUUGUAUGUCAACAGCUUGAUUUAACCCAUCUAAAAGAACGAAAUGUUGAAGAUCUUUCAGGAGGAGAGUUGCAGAGAUUUGCUUGUGCUGUCGUUUGCAUACAGAAAGCUGAUAUUUUCAUGUUUGAUGAACCUUCUAGUUACCUAGAUGUCAAGCAGCGUUUAAAGGCUGCUAUCACUAUACGAUCUCUAAUAAAUCCAGAUAGAUAUAUCAUUGUGGUGGAGCAUGAUCUAAGUGUAUUAGACUAUCUCUCUGACUUCAUCUGCUGUUUAUAUGGCGUACCAAGUGCUUAUGGUGUUGUCACUAUGCCUUUUAGUGUAAGAGAAGGCAUAAACAUUUUUUUGGAUGGCUACGUUCCGACAGAAAACUUGAGAUUCAGAGAUGCAUCACUUGUUUUUAAAGUGGCUGAGACAGCAAAUGAAGAAGAAGUUAAAAAGAUGUGUAUGUAUAAAUAUCCUGGAAUGAGGAAAAAGAUGGGAGAGUUUGAGCUAGCAAUUGUAGCUGGAGAGUUUACAGAUUCUGAAAUCAUGGUGAUGUUGGGGGAAAAUGGUACUGGUAAAACGACAUUUAUCAGAAUGCUUGCUGGAAGACUUAAGCCUGAUGAAGGAGGAGAAGUGCCAGUUCUGAAUGUCAGUUAUAAGCCACAGAAAAUCAGUCCCAAAUCAACUGGAAGUGUUCGACAGUUGCUACAUGAAAAGAUAAGAGAUGCUUACACUCAUCCACAAUUUGUGACUGAUGUGAUGAAGCCUCUGCAAAUUGAAAACAUCAUCGAUCAAGAAGUGCAGACGUUAUCUGGUGGCGAACUGCAGCGAGUGGCUUUAGCUCUUUGUUUGGGCAAGCCUGCUGAUGUCUAUUUAAUUGAUGAACCAUCUGCGUAUUUGGAUUCUGAGCAAAGAUUGAUGGCAGCUCGAGUUGUCAAACGUUUCAUACUUCAUGCUAAGAAGACAGCCUUUGUUGUGGAACAUGAUUUCAUUAUGGCCACCUAUCUAGCAGAUCGAGUCAUCGUUUUUGAUGGCAUUCCAUCUAAGAACACAGUCGCAAACAGUCCUCAAACCCUUUUGGCUGGCAUGAAUAAAUUUUUGUCUCAGCUUGAAAUUACAUUCAGAAGAGAUCCAAACAACUAUAGGCCAAGAAUAAACAAACUCAAUUCAAUUAAGGAUGUAGAACAAAAGAAGAGUGGAAACUACUUUUUCUUGGAUGACUAGACAAUCAGAAUAUUGAAAAGCCAUUUCUUAAACAUUUAUUGGGAUUUUUGUCAUAUAAAACUUUAAUCAGGUUUUAUGCCCCACAUACUCUGGAGCUUGAAGUAUAAUUUACUUAAUGUAACAUCAAAAGCCAGUUGUGUUGUAAAUUAUAGUCUAAACACAGAAAAUGCACUUUUCUGUUCUUCAUAGGGCCUUUUUUGUGUCUAACAUUCUAAAAUGAAGACAUUUCAAGCUACACAAAUUACCUCCAAGUUUUCAUGAUGUAUGGGAAGAUUUUCAGUAGGUGUUAUCAUAUUCAUGUACCAAAUGCUGACCAGUGUUACCCCCUUUCAAAAAUCUUGAAAAAGCUUUCCGUACUUAGACUUUGCCAAAUAUUCCUCUUAUAAUGAAACUGCCCUUAUUUUAAAAGCCGGUCGAAGACUCCACUAAUGAAAUUUGAUACAUAAACAUCAGGAUUAUAUUUGUUAUUUGUUUUCAGUCUUUGCACUAUGUUUUCAGUGUGUUUAGACUUUCAAAGGAAGAUGAUCUACUACAAAACACCACUGUUGGAAAAUGGCCAUGUUCCCAACUUAAGCAUUGUUUACAGUGUUUUUGGUGCUUUUGAAUAUCUUUGAGUAUCAAAAAUCAUUUCAACACCCUUCCCCCCAUCCACCAGAAAAAACCCUAACUUUACUAUGAAUUACUCAGUUUUAGUAUUCCAUAAGAUUCUAUAUUCUGUAACUCUCAAAGUAAUGUCAUUCUUUACACAAGUAUAUAAUUACUGAUCAAGAUUUAGGAAAAGCAUUUUAAAGAAUAUUUGCUUCCUUUAAAAGUAUAGGCUGAAAAUCUUUAGAGUUGAUGGCUAGGCAUCUAUGUAAUUUUAAACUUCUACAGAUUUCUCAUGGGCAGCCAAGAACAGUGAGCCACUUGCCUAAAGGCAACAUUAAUGCAAGCAAGUCCCCAUAUAGCUAUGUAAAGUACCUCUUGGUACCAAAUAUAUUCACCCUCAUGUUUGGAUGUAGAGGACAUGAUCUAAACCUAUUUGAUGGGGGGAGGGGUGCAGUUUUGGAUACUAUGUACCACGAGCUCUAAAAACUUACCACAUCUUUUGAGUUCCUGAGUUUGAACAGUGGUAUAUAAUGUGAUACCACUUUCAGUUACACUUCUAAUGCACUGAACUGGAACUAACUUAUACUACAAGUGAGGAAAAGAGUUUACUAAAUAAAUUAAUGGGGCAAGCAAAAUUGGAGAUUUGGAAAUUAUUGAAGACUUUUAGAGCUCCUUGAAACAAUAGAAGUGUUAAUUAAUAUGCAGACAGUGAAUAGAAAAUAUGGUUUAACUGGUCCCCAUUAGGCCUUUUAAAAAAUUUAGGAGUAAUCCAUAAAUACAUGUUUGUUGUGAAAAAUUGAAACCUACUGAAAUUUAUGUAAUAAAAAUGUUACGAUCCUUCCUCACAUUACCCUCCCAAAGGUUACCAGUGUUUGCAUUUAAUAAUACAUAUCCUUUUGGUUUUUUUCUGUGCACUUAACCUAAGUGUGAAUAUGUAAAGGGUUUGUUUUGUACAUAAAUGGGAUUAUACUAAAAUAAGUAGUGCCUAUUUUUAAGGAUAGGUUAAAUUUGUGAAUGAUUAUUUCAAGUAUAUUGAAUAAAAUAAGACAAAAGAUGUUUUUACUUACUGAUUCCAUAUUCUGCCCUAAAGAAAACACUUGUGAUGAGAACACAGCUCUACUUAACUGAGGACAGAAUAUGUAUUAGUAGUGAUAUUGUUCAUGUACAUGAAAUUUUUAAAAUACGGAUUUAGUUAAAUUUUUAUAUAGCAAUAAGAAAGGUUUUACAGUUGCUAACACAAGAAAAAAGCUUUUCUAUAAAAUUCAGUAAUACCAACUCAAAAUACACCAACAGCGCAGUUGUUAGCUAUUACAUUUAGAAAGAAUGCUCAAUAUGUCCUAAUUGGAAAAUAUCUCAAUAGUAUAACACAAUACACAAUUUAUAUGAAAAUAUACAAGCUAUUAAAAUACCAAAAGGAUACUCAAGACAAUAAGCCUUUGGGGAAUAACAAAACUUGGUUAAAGAACAGGUAAGAAAAUGAGAUAAAUGCACAUACGGCCGUAACUACCUUUUGAAUUUUGUAUACUGUAUGUAUCAACUGUUUAGAGAUCAUUUAAGUUUUUAAAUCUUCAAUAAAGAGAUAAUCUGUA